GGAUAACCCAAGUUGACGGAUAGACACGUACACGACGUCACCUCGACUGUACGUGUACCUACACAUUCGGCGGAGAUCGUCCUCUUUUUUUCCUGCGCUCCGAGGAGCCGUAACGAUAGUUUCGCGCGAAUCCGCAACAUGACAAGUCGUCGCGCGAGGAGUUUCGCUCGUCGUCGCUGCUGCUGCUCUGCGUCGAGGUCGAUUACGCUGAUCGAUUAGAUUUUCGAGCAGGGGAAAGCCGCUUAUGCCUUGGCGGAAAUUUUACGAGCUGCAUCAACAGACGAUCUUCGAAAAAUGGAGAACGAAAAAGUGUCGAUGCUGACAUGGCAGGAUUAUCUGGUCAUCGGGAUAGUGCUGCUGAUCUCGGCUGGAAUCGGCGUCUACUACCGCUUCACCGGAGGCCGGCAAAAAACCGCAGAGGAGUACUUCUCGGCGAACAAGUCGAUGAGCAUCGUGCCACUGGGCAUAGCCUUGAUGGUGUCCUUCGUCUCGGCGAUCACGAUCCUGGGCAUAAGCGCGGAGAUCUACGCCUUCGGCACGCAGUUCGUCAUCCACUACGCCGGAAUCAUCCUGGCGACCAUCGUCGUCGCCUAUUUCUACCUGCCGGUCUUCUUCGAGCUCAACACCAUGAGCGUCUACGAGUAUCUCGAAAGGCGGUUCGGCGUCGCGGCAAGACUGACGACGAGCAUCGCCAACUUCAUGCAGCUGACGCUGUACACCGGGGUGGUGCUGUACGCGCCGUCCCUGGCCAUCGAGGCCACGACUGGACUGUCCAGCAAGACGAGUAUCCUGGUAAUAGCCGUGAUCUGCAUGUUCUACUCGACGAUCGGGGGGAUCAAGGCCGUCCUCGUGACCGACAUAUUCCAGGCGAUACUCAUGUUCGCCUCGCUCAUCUGCAUCAUGGUCGUGGCGUCCAGCGAAAUCGAGGGUGGACUCGGCAACGUCUGGAACAUCGCUAAGCAGGGCGGCAGGAUCGAGUACUUUGAUUACCGACCGGACCCGACCAUACGCCACACCGGCUGGUGUCUCCUGGCGGCGGGUUUCUGCCUAUUCUGCUCCCUGUACGGCGUCAACCAAGUGGAGGUUCAGCGGCUUCUGACCGUGAAAUCCUUGAAAUCAGCUCGGCUGGCCUUGUUCGUGAACCUGCCGCUGCUAAUCACCUUCGGCCUGACGACGUCGUUCUGCGGCCUGGUUCUCUACGCCGUGUACAAAGACUGCGAUCCCGUGCGCACGGGCGAGAUCGCCUCGCACGACCGGAUCAUGCCCCACUUCGCUGCGACGAAGAUGGCCAUCUACCCGGGGCUCACGGGCCUCUUCAUCUCGGGCAUCUUCAGCGCGAGCCUCAGCACGAUCUCGGCUAUGCUCAACUCCUUGGCCGCCGUCUUCCUCGAGGACUACCUCAAGCGCAUCUACGCCCGGCUCGGCAAGACUUUCCCGACGCAGCACGCCACCUUCUUCGGCAAGCUCCUGGCGGUGGUCAACGGCUGCAUUAGCGUCGCCAUAGCCUUCCUCGCCGGCAGUCUCGGGAGCCUCGUGCAACUGACCCUCUCGAUAACGGGCUCAAUCUGCGGCCCGGUCCUGGGCAUCUUCACUCUGGGCAUGUUCUUCGAGUCGGCGAACGAGAAGGGCGCUAUCUGCGGCAUAGUCACCGCGCUGAUCACGUGCAUGUGGGCGAGCUUCGGACAGCCCCGGCCGAGGCAUCAUCCGCUUCCGUUUCACGCAGAUGGCUGCAACGCCUCCAUCGUACUGCCACCGACCACCAGCGCCCUGCUGAUCUCCAGCAUGGCGGACAAACCGGAAGCAGAGCCAGCCUCCUACUUCUAUCUCUACCGCAUCUCCUACAUGUGGUACAGCCCGAUGGGCCUGACCAUCACGAUCGUGGUCGGCUACAUCUCCAGUCUGAUCUUCCGCAAGUUUUCAAGCUCGACACCCAUCGAGCCGGACCCGAGCUUGUUCACACCUCUGGUGGCCCGGAGGAUAAGACGACGGAGAGCCGACGCCGCGAGGACUACCAGCAGCCAAGUGUUCACGCUCGAGGAGCCGAACGGGAGGCGGCCGUGACUACAGCGUGACGAGGGCGCGUCCGGGGAUAUCGACGUCGGCAAGCUGUCCCACGGCAAGCCGCCGGUCGAUUUCUGGCAGACGGACACCUCGUUCAACGCUUUUCACGAUUUCGGAGGAGACGGCGAGUAGCGAGCCUUGCGUCGAGUGCUCUGACCAACGGGAUGAUUACGAGCGCGUUGUUGUUGUUGUGACCAAGUUUUAGUCGGAUCAUUGUAUCUCGAGUUGAUGAUUUAUAGGUCUGUUUUUGUUGUAUUGUAAAAGAUAUAAGUGAAAUUUACUAUACUCACAAACUGGACGUGUAUAUUAUAAACACGCGCGCAUUCAGUAGCGGUAACUGCGAGGGAUCGUUAAGAUAACUCACCUGAAACACAAGCAAUAAAAACGUAAUUACUCAAAGUGCCUUAUAUUAUCAUGUUUAUUGUUCGAUAGCAUGGCAUAUAAUAAAGAUACACACAGCAAGGACUUAUCAGCUAA